UAUUUUUUUCCAGAGAAAGAAUUUCUGCUUCACCUGUCAAGCUUGUGAGCAUCCCCCGUUGUCCAUUUCUCCCAGACCAGAGGCUCCCCCUUCUGUUCAGGUGUUUCCACGGAGCCUCCUGCUGAUCCUCAGGAAUUACAGAAGCUGCAGACGAUGGUGACACGCCAUCUGACACACUGUCCUCAGGACGCAGUUACCUUCCCCGAUGUGGCUGUGAGCUUCUCCCCAGAGGAGUGGAUGUGCCUGGACGCCGAUCAGAGAAAGCUGUACAGGGACGUGAUGCUGGAGACCUACCAGCACCUGCGAGCCGUUGGGCAUUCAGGGGUGAAGCCUGAAGUGAUCUCUUGGCUGGAAAGAGGAGCCCUGAGGCUGGGGAGGAGAGGCGUGUGUGCAGAACUCAAGCUGCAGCUUCAGGAUUUGGCAUUGCAGCAGUUUGACUUGAGAAUGGGGUCUCUGAAUAGGAGUGAGCUGGGAAGCAGCCAGCCCAGGUGGAAUGUCUCUGAUCCUGCGCACUGUGACAAAGUCUCGAGUGAGCAGUCCUGCCCUCAUACCCAUGAGGAUGCCAAGACAGGUGGUAUAUCUUCUGAAGGUGAUCAGAAUGGAAAGAGUGACCUCACUCUGAAGAAGCCCUCCUCUCGGAAAUGCUCCUCACAAUCUGUUGUCCUCAAUUUUAGGACACAAACUCCCUCAGUGGGGCAGCCCCUGGAUUGUGGAAAAGGAAUACCAUUUAUAGUGAGUCAGUCACGCAAACGUGCCAACAAGCAAAGACACCAUGGACUGAACCCAUCCAAGAGUAACUAUUGUGGGGGAGCCUUCCCAUGUUCUCAGCAUCUUGAUCUUCCCUUAGAAAGCCACAGUGUUCAGAAUCCCAAGGAUUGUCAACAGCGAGGACAAAAGUUGAGUCAGGCAACUUCCUGGUAUGAUAGUACAAAGAUCCGCAGUGGAGUGAAACUGGAUAUGUGUAAGGACUGUGGGAAGGCGUUCACUUCCCCCUCAAACCUUAUUACACAUAGGAGACUUCAUACUGCAGAGAAACCCCAUGCAUAUGAGGAAUGUGGACAGACCUUUACCCUGUCUUCACAACUUAGUGUCCACAGGGAAAUUCAUACAGGAACGAAAACUUUCGCUUGUCAGGACUGUGGGAAGGCCUUCAGUUGCUACUCAAACCUUUCUCGUCACAAGAAAAGUCAUUCUGGAGAGAAACCAUAUUCAUGUCAGGACUGUGGGAAGGUCUUUGCUUAUUACUCAAGCCUUUGUACACACAAGAAACAUCACACUGGAGAGAAACCGUAUAUCUGUAAGGAAUGUGGGAAGGCAUUUGCUUAUUCUUCAAGCCUUUUGAAUCACAGGAGAAUUCAUACUGGAGAGAAGCCUUGUGUAUGUCAGGAAUGUGGGAAGGCCUUUAGCACAUCCUCAGGACUUACUGUUCAUAGGAGAAUUCACACUGGAGAGAAACCUCAUAAAUGUAAGGCUUGUGGAAAGGCCUUCACUCAUCGGUCAGUCCUUACUGAGCAUCUGAAAACUCAUACUGGAGAGAAGCCUUAUGUAUGUCAGGAAUGUGGGAAAGCCUUUAGCACAUCCUCAAAACUUACUUUACACAGGAGAAUUCACACUGGAGAGAAACCAUAUAUUUGUAAGGAGUGUGGGAAGGCCUUCAGUAGCACUUCCAGCCUUCAUCAGCAUAGGAGUUUUCAUACUAGAGAGAAACUUUUUGCAUGUGAGGAAUGUGGAAAGACAUAUUUUCAUUCCUCAAACCUUUGUAGUCAUAAGAAAACACACAUUAAAGAGAAACCUUAUAUUUGUAAGGAUUGUGGGAAGGCCUUCUCUGUAAUUUGGUAUCUUACUAAGCACAGAAAAGUUCAUAGUUGAAGAGAAACCUCAUAAAUGUCACACAUGUGGAAAGGCCUUUACUCUGUCUUCAGGCCUUAGAAUUCAUAUGAAAUUGCACACUCGAGAGAAAUCUGUAUGUUAAUAAUGUGGGAAGGCCUUCCUAUUUCCCUCCAGGCUUGGUAGAUACAGUAAAAUUUAUGCUAGGUGACUUGAUCCCCUAAUAACAGUCCGUAAGGUCAAUACAGACCCCCUCAGUAAAACAAGUAUGCUUUGGCCAAGGUGGUCAGGGGUGUUACAAAAGUACACCUAAGAAGGAAAUAGUCCUGCUAGUGUGUGACAAGCUUCCCAUGACAGUAUCAUCAUGGAAAGGCACUUGGUGAUUAUCAUCCUGACUGCAGCCAUACCAGUAUCCUGGCAUUUGGACUACACAUCUAUGUUAAUUUGUAAAUAAUGGGUCUUGGUUAUGGAACCCAGGAGCAAGGUGACGACAUUACCAGCUGUACUGUACUGUCAUUCUUUGCUCUCUAACUUGGCUCAGAGGCCCAAGUUUGUGGGAAUUUAUGGCAGAGAUCAAACACAAUGCUUCUGUGAAUCCUUUGAAGUUGGAAAAACGUGCAAAUCUUCAUUUUUCAGGCAUUCCUGUAUUAUGUUUUGGGGAGCCACACCCUACUGUGCUCAGACUUUACACUGACUGAG